AUACCGUAAAAUGAUAACAUUGGACCGCGAAAUACACUGGUAAAAUGAAAACAAUUACGAGGUCAUUUUCUGUGCUGUCGAUUAUCAGCAGUUUCGUCGGUAAUGCUAACUCUACACACUUAAUUAAUGGUCGACGAAUGUACUUAAGUUAUCGUAAAAUGUCGACAAAACUUAAACCGAAAGUAUUCGUAACUCGACGAGUGCCAGAAGAUGGGAUUAAUCUGUUGAGGCAAAAAUGUGAGGUGACACAAUGGGAUAGGGACGAGGCUAUUCCUAGACAUGAAAUUCUAAACGGAGUUAAAGGGGUUGAUGGGUUGUUCUGUUUGCUUACUGACAAGAUUGACGAAGAAGUUUUAUCGACUGCAGGAGAAAAUCUCCGUGUCGUCGGCACAAUGUCCGUCGGUUACGACCAUGUUGAUUUGUCGGCGUGCCGGAAGCGCGGUAUUCCCGUCGGCUACACACCGGAUGUGUUGACAAGCGCAACGGCGGAACUGACGAUGGCUCUUCUCUUGACGGUGUCACGGCGCAUACAGGAAGGUGUGACGGCGGUCAAGGACGGGUCCUGGGGUACGUGGGCCCCUCUUUGGCUGUGCGGACAGGGGCUAGAGGGCGCCACCGUCGGCGUUGUUGGUCUGGGAAGAAUCGGGUUUGCCGUGGCUCAAAGACUGAAACCUUUUGGCGUCUCCAAGAUAUUGUACACUGGUCAGUCUGAAAAAGCGUCUUCCGCGCAACUUCCGGCUGAAUACGUUACAUUCGAUAAACUUCUUAACGACUCGGAUUUCGUCAUCGGCUGCUGUGCGCUCAAUAGCAAGACAACUGGUCUGUUCAACGCCGACACUUUCAAGAAAAUGAAGAAAAAUGCGAUAUUCAUCAAUACAAGCCGGGGCGGGUUAGUGAAUCAGGACGAUCUUUACACCGCUUUGAAAAAUGGCGAUAUUUUAGCGGCGGGACUUGAUGUGACGUCACCUGAGCCUUUACCGACGUCACAUCCGCUUUUGACCUUAGAAAAUUGUGUGGUUUUACCGCAUAUCGGCAGCGCGACGUUGAAAGCAAGGAACGCUAUGUCAGAACUGUGUGCUAGAAAUAUUGUCGCUGCGCUCUAUGGGGAACCUAUCCCGUGCCAAGUGAAAUAAGCGGACACACGUUGAUAUUGUUGCGUACUAAAACUUAAUAAAGGAAAUAACAUAAUACUAAUAUUAAUUUUACACUUAACAAAUUGAUCAGUUACUUGACGGUAUUCUGCCCCAAGACAUUGGGGAAAACAUGCGCAAUUUAUACAAUAUUUUUAUUUCAUUUUCUAUUUUGAUCAAGAUUGUUCAAAACGCAGAAUAACAAAAUAUUUUGUU